UACUACUCAGACACACGGCUACCACCAUCGGAUUGUACGUGUUCGUCGGUGGGAAAGUAAACCGACAUCUUUUUACGAUCGCUGCUGGCUGAACUGAGCUGAGCGGAGCUGAGAGUUUUGCAAUCAGAGGAGGAGAGUGGAUCGUGUCAGCCCUUUUGAUAAGCGAGAGAGAAGGGAAAGAAGCCCAGAGAAACCCAGAGAAGAGAGAGGCAACCUCAAGGCAGGCAGGCAGGCAGGCAGCAGAGUUUGGAGAACAGGUUGCCAAGUCGAACGCGCAACGAAUUUGGAAAUCGAGUCACAGCCGAAAGUGCGUGAGCGUUGUCAGCUCGGCUCCGACAGCAAACAAAUACAUACAUAUAUAUAAGAGAUAUAUAGUAAUCAAGACCCGAAACUUGGACUUGCAUUUAACCCAACCCAAGACCCAAGCUUAACCCAUGAGCAGUUGAGAAGAAGCGGCCGAAAAAAACAAAAAACCUCAAUUGAAAAACAUUCAAGCCAAGAAACUGCCGAAAGAAACCCAAAUGAAAACGUUAGUGCUUAGUCCGGAUGACCUGCAGAACUUCAACAAGUUCAUCUACGAUCCCAAGUCUGCUGCCCAGCUGGCCGCCAGUGCGGGAGCAAUUGGAGCGGCUGCAGCAGCGGCAGCGGCCGUACAUGGCGCACCGCCCACCACCACCGCCACCACCACAGUCCAGCUGCUGCAGUCCGGCGGCGGUGCACCAGUGAACUCCGGAGUACUACCAGUGUCGGUGCCGGUUGGAGUGCCCACCAGCACAGCCAGCAGUGCCAACAAUCUGAUGGCACUACACUACUACCUAAAGCAUCCCGGAAUGCAGCAGCAGGUGCCCAUCCCACAGCAGCAACAGCAGCAGCAACAACAACAGCAGCAGCAGCACCAGCAACACCAUCAGCAACAGUUGCUGGCCCAGUCGCAGACGCAGCUGAAGCAGCUGCAGCUGAAACAGCCGACGAUCCACCAGCACCAGCAGCACAUCAGCUACCACCAUCACCACCCGUACUACCAGCAGCAGCAGGCACCGCCACCUCAGCCCCAGCCCCUGAAGAGCCAGCAGCAGUCGCAUCUGCCGGUGCACGCCCUCAACCAGAACUCCAACUUCUCGGCGGCCAGUUCCAGCACAGGCGGCACUGCCUCCAGCCAUGCGCCCACCCAACAGUCCAACGGUUCCAGCGUCUCACCCACCAUCGUAUCCCGCGUUGCCGCCGUUGGAGCUCCGAGCAACAUUGCUGCAGCAGCAAACGCCCUGCUCCGGGCAUCGGCCGCCUCCGCGUCAUCAUCAUCGUCCUCUUCGUCAUCAUCCGCGUCGUCGACCUCCUCAUCCAGCAGCUCAUCCAGCGCCAGCAGCAGCUCCUCGGCCAACUGCGCCAAGAAGCUAAAAACGGAACCGGUGCUGUCGCAAUACAAUCAAACAGAGCGCCUCAAUUUCGCCAACACGUACAUUGUGUGGAGCGAGGAGCACUGGCGGCGGGUGGUGUUCCACGACGAGCGGCGUUUCAAUCUGGACGGUCCGGAUGGUUUCUCCUACUACUUCCACGACUUGCGCAACUAUGAGCGCACCCUAUCGCAGCGACCUCGUGGCAACUCCGUCUACAUCUACCUAAUGGUGUGCGUCGGUGGUGCCGUCCAUCUGGAGGUGUCGUCCGCCAAACAACGACCCGAGUCCUGCAUUGAAGCCAUUAUGCGCGAGAGGCCGAAUAUUGUUGGCAAGCUGGGGAGUCCGGAGUUUGUGCUGCAGGAUCAUAACUGGAUGUCGCACGCCCUGCCCACCGCCCAGGAUCUGCUCAAUGCAGAAGGACUGAAGACGCAAAAAUGGCCCACCAUCGCCCAUGACCUGAACAUUAUGGAGAAUGUGUGGGGCUGGCUGAUACGCGAAGUGUUUGACGGCGGGCGGAAGUUUUCGCGCAAGGACGACUUGAUAUUCCGCAUCAAGGAGGCGUGGUCCCGCCUGCCGCUCGACCUAAUCACCAACUUGUACAGCACCCUGCCCGAGCGGAUCACGGAGCUCUACUAUACGCAGGGCGUCUACACGAAUUGUUGACAGCGGACCGAGAUGCCGGAUAAUGGCCAGAGCAAGGUAGUAGCUGAUCCUGUUCAAGGACCUGAACCGAGCCGCACUGGAGAGCCUGGAACUGGAACUGGAACGAUGGAAGCAAAUCUUUAUAUACAAUUUAACUUAACUUUUUGUGUAUAGCUUUAAGAUGUGUGCAACGGCGCGGACUGGACAGGACUGGAAAGCAAGAAAGACAGGACUCGCUGACAGACAGGACUGACCGACCGACUUGGGUUAUAAGUUAUCAAGUUUUUAGUUAUUUAAAAAAGAAAAAAGGAUGCAAAAAUUGAAAAAAAAAAAAAAAAAAUAAGAUCAGCUGAUUGUGGGCAGAACACCAUCCAGUAAGGUGUUGCCAUAUCGCUUUGUAAUUAGUGUUUUCCCCCCAAGACCCACCCACACACGCCCCCAUAACUCCUUCACGCCCCCAUCCCUAUAAGAGCCCCUCUUUUAUUCAUAAGCUACCUGUAGUUUAAGUUGUCGUUUUCUUUUUUUACCUAUCCACUUCCCAUACUCUAUUAGGUAUAUAUAUAUUAAAAUAUAUUAGUUGCAAACAAUUUGAUUUGAACUUAACUCUCUCCCCUCACACCACCCCUUUUUGUUGAUUGUUUUUUAGUUGUGCCAGAACGGUAUAAGAAGAAGAACAAAAUUAAAUAAAAAAAAAAGAAAUGCCAAGCGAGCAGCGAGGAAGCAAACAAAAUAAAUUGUAACUAAAGUAUUAUUUUAAGGCAUAGUUUUUGUUGUAGCAAAUUACGGAGAAAACAAAAAAAAAAAAAAAAACAAAUAAUACAAUACAAUACACAUGAAACACUCAGACGAUGAAAAAACGAUCCUAUCAUGUAAAAUUGUUUACAAAGAAAACAGAAAUUAUGAUUAACUAAUUAUCAAUGUAAUUAAUACAUAUUAAAAUGGAAAGAGCAAAGGCAACUUAGUGUUUAAUGUAAGAAUGAAAGAAACCAACUAACUGAACGAGCGUAGAGAACUAGAGAUCGAUGAAAUCAUGCUGAAAAACUCAACACUCCUCAGUCCUCAACUCCUCCAAACAAGAGACACCAGGCCCCAAAUGAAACCAAACCCAAAAAAAUAAGUUUCAGAGCGAUGGCAGCUACUAACCUGGGCGGAGGAUUCAUUUGGGGAAUGACGACUCUGAAGGCAGACAGAAUCAACCGUGUACACCCGCCAUAUUAUGGCCAAUAUCGUACAACGCACCCAUUACUUAGCAAUACAAUUGAACUGAACAAAACUAUCUGUAGAGAAUACUUGAGCCACUACCAGAUAGUAGUAUCCUUGAAAUAAAAAUGCAACUUAUACACAACACAUUAUGUGAAACUCUCUCCUCUCAAGUGUAAUUUUUGGCAGUUAUGUGAAUGUAAUGUGAUUUAGUCCUUGUUUUUCGCUUUCUGCAAUAACGAGCCUCCUCGACCCCACAAAUCGAGAACUUUAUACAUGCAUAUACAUUAUACAAGCAAGAACAACAAAAAUCAACAAAAAAUUUAAUUAUGAUGAUUAAUUAAUAAAUCGAGAAAUGCAAUUACCAAUAAAAACUACCAGCAGAUACGUAAAAAAAAUUAA